CGGUCUGGGUGCAGGCUGACCAUACCUACAUGUGGAUCGCCGGGUGGGAGUGCUCUGUGGGACUGCACCGUGUUUUACUGUCGCACUAUUGGUUAAGCAGAGUGCAUCUGCAGCACUUCGUGUUUUAAUUUGUACACUAUCGAGGCGUGUCCACACACACACACACACACACACACACUCUCACACACUAUGUACAUAACACGGUUCUCCAACUCGUGGACUCACUCGUUCUCUUAGCAGAGGUUCAGCCCUCCCGACUCUUUUCCUGCUAUGGCCGAGGUGCUUUCUGAAGCGGUGGGGUUCGAACAGCCGAAGGUGGAGUUGCAUGUACACCUUGAUGGAGCCAUCAGAGUACAGACCAUUCUGGACGUAGCCAAGAGGCGCGGUGUCCCCCUACCGGCCGACACGGUGGAGGGGAUGACCCAGAUCAUCAUCCUCCAGGAGCCUGCCACCCUCACCGAGUUCCUUGGCAAGUUCGCCGAGUACAUGCACGUCAUUGCUGGAGACAGAGAGGCCAUCAAGAGGAUCGCCUACGAGUUUGUUGAGGACAAAGCCAAAGAGGGAGUAGUCUACGUGGAGGUCAGGUACAGUCCUCACUUCCUGGCCAACACUCAAGUGGAACCCAUCCCCUGGGACCAGGAGGAGGGCGACGUGAGCCCGGAUGACGUGGUGCGUCUGGUGAAUGAGGGCCUGAAGGAAGGAGAAAAGGCUUUCAAUGUUCAAGCCAGGUCCAUUCUCUGCUGCAUGCGUCACAUGCCAAACUGGUCCAUGACUGUGGUGGAGCUGUGCAAGAAGUAUCGUCAUGAAGGAGUGGUGGCCAUCGACCUGGCCGGAGACGAGUCCCUGAACACGGAUGCCCAGUCCGGCCACAGGUUGGCCUAUGAGGAGGCGGUGCUUUGUGGGAUACACAGGACCGUCCACGCAGGAGAGGUCGGCCCGCCUUCCGUGGUCAAAGAGGCGGUGGAGGUUCUCAAGGCGGAGCGCAUUGGCCACGGUUACCGGACUCUGGAAGACCCAGCCCUCUACAAACAGCUCCUGGAUCAGAAGAUGCAUUUUGAGGUGUGCCCCAUCUCUAGCAAAUUCACCGGAGCCUGUGACCCGGACUUUACCAAGCACCCGGUCAUCAGGUUCAGGAAAGACAUGGCAAAUUACUCCCUUAACACAGACGACCCGCUGAUCUUCAACUCCACCCUGAAUCUGGACUACCUCACUGCCCAGCAGCACAUGGGCUUCACCCAGGAGGAGUUCCAGAGACUGAAUAUCUGUGCAGCUGAGUCGUGCUUCUUACCCGAGGAGGAGAAGAAGGCGCUGCUCACCAAACUCUACGAGGCCUACGGCAUGCAGAAGUCCACCGGCUUCUGAAGCAGCGUGUGUAUGAUCGGAGUCAUCGGAAAUCAAUUGACUGGUUGUGCACCAGUCAGAUCUGUGAGCCCAUCUCCACCUGACUCUCUAGAUGAAUGGACUAGAAGAAUAGUUCAUAAUUAUUAAUCCAUGCCACCGGCGGGGUGCUGUGCAGCAGUGUUGGAUCAUAUUUUUACAGCUAAAACUCAAUUUUAAUGCAAGCCUCUUUUCUUCAUUCUUGUAAUAAAUCACUGCAUUUUCUGUUGAUAUAAAUAACUAAUUAUGUGCCUAUGGGAUUACAUUGAACGCUUUAAAAAUAGCCACAUUUCUCAGGUAAAACUAGCUAAUAGGUAAUGUUAUCCUACUUCUCGACUGUAGAUGUCGCACUAAGUGUUGAUGGUACUUAAUGGCGGACAUGCAUUUCAGGAAGACUCCAGUUAAACAAAACUGUUCUUUUAAAGUAUUUUCUAUAUCAAAUCUUAAUUUGUAUUACACUGAUUGAUGGAAGAAAAGCACUUGUUUACUAUUCUCACAUUAUGUAAAGGCUCCAAUAAAAUAUGGAUUCUUGUAAAA